GGGAUCCAUGUGUCUUUCCUGGUGACUAGGAAUGUCGUCGGAGGAGGACAGGAGCGCGGAGCAGCCGCAGCCGCCGCCGCCUCCCCCGGAGGAACCCGGAGCCCCGGCCCCGAGCCCCGCAGCCGCAGACAAAAGACCUCGGGGCCGGCCUCGCAAAGAUGGCGCUUCCCCUUUCCAGAGAGCCAGAAAGAAGCCUCGAAGCAGAGGAAAAACAACAGUGGAAGAUGAGGACAGCAUGGAUGGGCUGGAGACAACAGAAACCGAAAAUAUUGUGGAAACAGCAGAAAUCAAAGAACAGUCUGCAGAAGAGGACGUGGAAACAGAAGCGGACAACAGCAAACAGUGUGCCCCAGCGCUUCAGCUGUCCGAGUCCGAGGGCUCCACUGGCUCCCUGCUUUCCAUCUCCAUCGGUGUAGAAGCUAAAAGCAGUGAACAACUCUGCGCCUUUUGUUACUGUGGGGAGAAGAGUUCCUUGGGACAAGGAGACUUAAGACAAUUCCGAGUAACACCUGGAUUCAUAUUACCCUGGAAAAACCAGUCUUAUAACAAGGACGCUGAUGACAACAGCAGUGGCAUCCAUGAGAAAAUACAAACCUCAGCUCCGCGGAAACAAAGAGGCCAGAGAAAAGACCGAUCACCUCAGCAGAGUGUGGUGUCCUGUGUCAGUGUAAGCACUCAGACUGCUGCGGAGGACCAAGCUGGUAAAUUAUGGGAUGAACUCAGCCUGGUUGGCCUUCCAGAUGCCAUUGAUGUUCGAGCUUUAUUUGAUCCUACAGGCACUUGUUGGGCUCAUCACCGUUGUGUGGAGUGGUCCCUGGGAAUCUGCCAGAUGGAAGAACCGUUGUUAGUGAGUGUGGACAAAGCUGUUGUCUCAGGGAGCACAGAACGAUGUGCGUUUUGCAAGCACCUUGGAGCCACUAUCAAAUGCUGUGAAGAGAGAUGCACCCAGGUGUACCAUUACCCGUGUGCCGCGGGGGCCGGCGCCUUCCAGGACUUCAGUCACUUCUUCCUGCUUUGUCCAGAGCACAUUGACCAAGCUCCCGAAAGAUCAAAGGAAGAUGCAAACUGUGCAGUGUGCGACAGCCCGGGAGACCUCUUAGAUCAGUUCUUUUGCACUACUUGUGGUCAGCACUACCAUGGAAUGUGUCUGGAUAUAGCGGUUACACCAUUAAAACGUGCAGGUUGGCAGUGUCCUGAGUGCAAAGUGUGCCAGAACUGCAAACAAUCGGGAGAAGAUAGCAAGAUGCUAGUGUGUGACACGUGUGACAAAGGUUAUCAUACUUUUUGUCUUCAACCAGUUAUGAAAUCAGUACCAACCAAUGGCUGGAAAUGCAAAAAUUGCAGAAUCUGUGUAGAGUGUGGCACUCGAUCUAGUCCUCAGUGGCACCACAACUGUCUGAUAUGUGACACUUGUUAUCAACAACAGGAUAACUUAUGUCCUUUCUGUGGAAAGUGCUACCAUCCAGAAUUACAGAAAGAUAUGCUCCAUUGUAAUAUGUGCAAGAGAUGGGUUCACUUAGAAUGUGACAAACCAACAGAUAAUGAAUUGGAUUCUCAGCUCAAAGAAGAGUAUAUCUGCAUGUAUUGUAAACACUUAGGAGCUGAGAUGGAUCCCCUGCAGCCAGCAAAUGAAGUAGACAUGGCUGAGCUCACCACUGCAGAUUACAACAAUGGAAUGGAAGUUGAAGGACCUGAAGACCAAAUGGUAUUUCUGCAGCAAGCAAUUAACAAAGAGGUCACUCAUCAUGAAUCUACACCUGGAAUUGUUCCAGAUGCAGGUCAAGUCCACCCUGAAGAGCAGCAGAAAAGCAAUCCACCAGAAAGUCUCAACACUUGCGGUUUUCUCACAUCUGGAUCAUCCCCCAAUAAAAUGAAUCUUGAAGUGGAAAAUGAGAUUUCUUAUGAAAUUUAUAGUGAAAAAAUAGAAAUGCCUUCUAAAGUAACAAGUAUUUGUGAUCAAGAUCAAAACGAAGACAAAAUGGAAGUGAGAGAAAACGUUGAUAUCCUUACACAUCCAGUGGUUGGGCAGCAAGAGGAACUGCGGGUGUUAGAGGAACCGAAAAUGGUGGUAUUCAAUGAAGAGCCCAGUCCCCCUAGAUCAACCACGGAGUCUGUCCUUGUUCCACCAGAAGCCUUAGUGUCCCCACAUGAGGGAAGUACUUUGUUACGUUGUGAGAGACAAUUGGUGAUAGAAAGGGUGCCUGAAGAAACAGAACAGAAAGAAAAUCCUGAACUUAGCACUGGGCAUGUAGACUUUGAAAUGACUCCCUCAGUUGAGAGUUGUGCGGACAGUAGUUCAUGCCACGGAGACAGAUCGAUAAAAUUGCCAUCUGCAGUGUCACCAUUUUCAUCAGCAGCAGACCUAAGCAAGGCAAAUGUGUCUUCCUCUCCAACCCUUUCUUCAGACUUGCCUUCACAUGACUUGCUGCAUGUUUACCCUUCAACUCUCAACUCUUCUGCUGGGAAUAUCAUGCCAACAACUUACAUCUCAGUCACUCCAAAAAUUGGCAUGGGCAAACCAGCUAUUACCAAACGAAAAUUUUCUCCUGGUAGACCUCGAUCCAAACAGGGGUCUUGGAGUACCCAUAAUACAGUGAGCCCACCUUCCUGGUCCCCAGGCAUUUCAGAAGGCCGGGAGAUUUUUAAACCCGGGCAGCUUCCUGGCAGUGCCAUUUGGAGCGUCAAAGUGGGCCGUGGGUCUGGAUUUCCAGGGAAGCGGAGACCUCGUGGUGCAGGGCUGUCAGGACGAGGUGGCAGAGGCAGGUCCAAACUGAAAAGUGGCAUUGGAGCUGUUGUACUACCUGGGGUGUCUGCCACAGAUAUUUCAUCAAAUAAGGAUGAAGAAGAAAACUCUAUGCACAAUACAGUUGUGUUGUUUUCUAGUAGUGACAAGUUCACUUUGCAACAGGAUAUGUGUGUGGUUUGUGGCAGUUUUGGCCAAGGAGCAGAAGGAAGGUUGCUUGCCUGUUCACAGUGCGGCCAGUGUUACCAUCCAUACUGCGUCAGUAUUAAGAUCACUAAAGUUGUUCUUAGCAAAGGAUGGAGGUGUCUGGAGUGCACGGUGUGUGAGGCCUGUGGGAAGGCGACUGACCCAGGAAGACUCCUGCUGUGUGACGACUGUGACAUAAGUUAUCACACAUACUGUCUAGACCCUCCAUUGCAGACAGUUCCCAAAGGAGGCUGGAAGUGCAAAUGGUGUGUUUGGUGCAGACACUGUGGAGCCACUUCUGCAGGUCUGAGAUGUGAGUGGCAGAACAACUACACGCAGUGUGCUCCUUGUGCCAGCCUGUCCUCCUGUCCCGUGUGCUGUCGGAGCUACAGAGAAGAUGACCUUAUUCUUCAGUGUAGACAAUGUGACAGAUGGAUGCAUGCAGUUUGUCAAAACUUAAAUACUGAGGAGGAAGUGGAGAAUGUAGCAGACAUUGGUUUUGAUUGUAGCAUGUGCAGACCCUCCAUGCCUGCAUCAAAUGCGCCUUCCUCAGACACCUGUGGGUCUUCACUUGUAGCACAAACCAUCACAAAAGUGAAGGAGCCAGAUCCACCUAAGACCUACACCCAGGAUGGAGUAUGUUUAACUGAAUCAGGGAUGACUCAGUUACAGAGCCUCACAGUUACAGUUCCAAGAAGAAAACGGUCAAAACCAAAAUUGAAAUUGAAGAUUAUAAAUCAGAAUAGCGUGGCUGUUCUUCAGACCCCUCCAGACAUCCAAUCAGAGCACUCAAGAGACGGUGAAAUGGAUGAUAGUCGAGAAGGAGAACUUCUGGAUUGUGAUGGAAAAUCAGAAUCUAGUCCUGAGCGGGAAGCUAUGGAUGAUGAAACCAAGGGAACAGAAGGAACAGAUGGUGUCAAAAAGAGAAAAAGGAAACCAUACAGGCCAGGUAUUGGAGGAUUUAUGGUACGGCAAAGAAGUCGGACUGGACAAGGAAAAACUAAAAGAUCUGUGAUCAGGAAAGAUUCUUCAGGCUCCAUGUCUGAGCACUUACCAAGCAGAGACGAUGGCUGGAGUGAGCAGUUACCAGACACCCUAGCUGAUGAGUCUGUUUCUAUUGUUGAAAGCUCUGAAAAAAUAAAAAAGAGGUACCGAAAAAGGAAAAAUAAGCUUGAAGAAACAUUCCCUGCAUAUUUACAGGAAGCUUUCUUUGGAAAAGAUCUUCUAGAUACAAGCAGACAAAACAAGUUGAGUUUAGAUAGCCUAUCAGAAGAUACAGCUCAGCUUUCAUAUAAAACCGGCUUCUUGGAUCCUUCCUCAGAUCCACUACUGAGCUCAUCCUCAGCUCCAGCCAAACCUGGAAUGCAGGGUUCUGCUGAUGACCCGUUAGCUGACAUUUCUGAAGUCUUAAACACAGAUGAUGACAUUCUUGGAGUAAUCUCAGAUGAUCUUGCAAAAUCAGUUGAUCAUUCAGGUCUUGAUUUAUGCACUUUCCAGGUUGGGAGCUCACCUUUCCCCUUUGAUGCCGGUCCCAUUGCUGAUGAACCUUCCUUGCCUCAGCCCAUUGUCAGUCAGAAUUCACGACCAUUAAGUGAAGAGCAGCUAGAUGGGAUCCUCAGUCCUGAACUAGACAAAAUGGUCACAGAUGGAGCAAUUCUUGGGAAGUUAUAUAAAAUUCCAGAACUUGGAGGAAAGGAUGUGGAAGACUUGUUCACUGCUGUACUCAGUCCUGUCACCACCCAGCCAGCUCCAUUAGCACAGCCUCCCCCUCCACCACAACUGUUGCCAAUGCACAAUCAGGAUGUUUUCUCCCGGAUGCCACUCAUGAAUGGCCUUAUUGGACCCAAUCCUCAUCUCACACAUAAUUCUUUGCCUCCUGGAAGUGGACUGGGAACUUACUCUGCUAUAGCACAGUCCCCUUAUACUGAUACCAGGGAUAAAACCCCAGCAUUUAAUGCAGUUGCAAGUGAUCCAAGCGGCUCUUGGGCACCCUCGGCUCCCACUGUCGAAGGAGAAAAUGACACCAUGUCGAACGCCCAGAGGAGCACGCUGAAGUGGGAGAAGGAGGAAGCUCUUGGUGAGAUGGCAACAGUAGCUCCAGUUCUCUAUACAAAUAUUAAUUUCCCCAAUUUAAAGGAAGAAUUUCCUGACUGGACUACUCGAGUAAAGCAGAUUGCAAAGUUGUGGAGAAAAGCAAGCUCUCAGGAAAGAGCACCAUAUGUGCAAAAAGCCAGAGAUAACAGAGCUGCAUUACGCAUCAAUAAAGUGCAGAUGUCAAAUGACUCCAUGAAAAGGCAGCAACAGCAAGACAGCAUCGACCCCAGCUCUCGCAUUGAUUCAGAUCUUUUCAAAGAUCCCUUAAAGCAGAGAGAAUCGGAGCAUGAGCAGGAAUGGAAGUUUAGACAGCAAAUGCGUCAGAAAAGCAAGCAGCAAGCUAAGAUCGAAGCCACACAGAAACUGGAGCAGGUGAAGAAUGAACAGCAGCAGCAGCAGCAGCAGCAGCAGCAACAACAACAACAUCUGGGUUCUCAGCACCUUCUUGUGCCAUCUGGCUCAGAUAACCCCAGUGCUGGAGCCCAGAGUCCCUUGACACCGCAGCCUGGCAAUGGAGAUGUGUCUCCUGCGCAAACAUUCCGGAAAGACUUGUUUUCCAAACAGCUGCCUAGUGCGCCUGCUUCUACACCUUCAGACGAUGUGUUUGUCAAGCCACAAACUCCACCCCCUCCAGCAAACCCAUCCCGGCUACCCAUGCCCGACAGUAUUUCUCAGUCCCAAACUUCUCAGCCACCUUCUCCUCAGAUGUUUUCACCUGGGUCUUCUAAUUCUCGACCUCCAUCUCCAUUGGACCCUUAUGCAAAGAUGGCUGGUACCCCUAGACCACCUCCUGGGAGCCAUGGCUUUCCCAGAAGAACUCCUGUUGGGCCAGUGGAAAGCUGUGCUCCUUUAUCCUCAGGACCUAGGCCCAUUCAGAUGAGUGAGAACUCAGCCAGUAGGCCAUCCCCAGCAAGGGACUUGCGUUCUUCCUCCACAACAAACAGCGACCCCUAUGUGAAGCCUCCAGACACGCCUAGGCCCACAAUCACAGAUCAGUGGUUUGGUCUUCCUGGGUCUCCUGUAGUUUCGGAACAAGCUGUAAAAGGUCCUCUACCAGCUGGGACCAAUGAUCGCUUUACUAAACCACCAUCUAGAACAGGUGUGCUGCAAAGGCAGCGGGUACCUGACCCAUAUGCACGGCCCUUGCUGACACCUGCACCUGUCGAUAGUGGUCCUGGACCUUUUAAGACCCCACUACACCCUCCAUCUUCUCAAGAUCCAUAUGGGUCAGUGUCGCAGACAUCAAGACGACUGUCUGCUGACCCUUAUGAACGGCCUGCUUUGACACCAAGACCUGUAGAUAAUUUUUCUCAUAGUCAGUCAAAUGAUCCAUAUAGCCAGCCACCCCUAACCCCACAUCCGGCAGUGAAUGAUUCUUUUACUCAUUCUUCAAGGGCUUUUUCUCAGCCUGGACCCAUAUCAAGGCCAGCAUCUCAGGACCCAUAUUCCCAACCCCCAGGAACUCCACGACCUGUUGUAGAAUCUUACUCCCAACCCUCAGGAACAGCUCGGUCCAAUUCAGACCCCUAUUCUCAACCACCUGGCACUCCCCGGCCUAGUACUAUGGACCCAUAUAGUCAGCAGCCACCCACCCCCAGGCCUCCACAGACAGACAUGUUUGUUGCCCCUGUAGUGGGUCACAGGCAUGAUCCCUAUACUCGCCAUCCUGGGACACCAAGACCUGGAAUUCCUAUUCCCUACUCUCAGCCACCAGCAACACCACGGCCGCGGACUUCAGAGGGCUUUGCAAGGUCCUUAGCUGCAAGACCAACCCUCAUGCCAAAUCAGGAUCCUUUCCUACAAGCAGGACACAACCGAGCACCAGCUUUACCUGGUCCUUUGGUAAGGCCACCUGAUGCAUGCUCCCAAACUCCCAGGCCACCUGGACCUGGCCAUUCGGACACAUUCAGCCGAAUUUCCCCAUCCGUGGCCCGUGAUCCCUAUGAUCAGCCUCCGAUGACCCCACGACCUCAGUCUGAUUCCUUUGGCACGAGUCAGGUUGUACAUGAAGCUGUUGACCAGCCGGGGCCAGGGCCAGGGCCAGAGGGUUCCUUCAGCGCCUCUUCAAACCCUCCCCUGGGUCCCCAAGGCCAGCAGUUCUCCAGUGGCUCUCAGCUCCCUGCGCCUGCCCUGAGUUCAGGAGGAAAUGACACACAGAACACCGUGAAUAUGUCGCAGGCUGACACGGAGAAGCUGAGGCAGCGACAGAAGCUACGUGAAAUUAUUCUCCAGCAACAGCAGCAGAAGAAAAUUGCUAAUCGCCAGGAGAAAGGGCCCCAGGAUACACCAGUAGUGCCCCACCCAGUGCCCCUUCCACACUGGCAACCAGAGAGUAUCAACCAGGCUUUCUCUCGGCCUCCACCUCCUUAUCCUGGGAACAUUCGUUCACCUGUUAUCCCUCCUCUAGGACCUAGAUAUGCUGUUUUCCCCAAAGAUCAGCGUGGUCCCUACUCUCCUGAUAUUGCUGGUAUGGGGUUGAGACCACAUGGAUUUAGAUUUGGGUUUCCAGGAGGUAGUCAUGGUCCUAUGUCAAGCCAGGACCGCUUUCAUGUGCCUCCUCAGCAAAUACAAGGGCCUGGAAUUCCUCCACACCUCAGAAGAUCAAUGUCUGUGGAGAUGCCCAGGCCUUUAAGUAACUCACCAAUGAAUAGUCCAGUUGGGCUUCCUCAGCCUUUUCCACCCCAAGGCCUGCCAGUUCAGCAGCAUAACAUCCUUGGCCAAGCUUUUAUUGAGCUGAGGCAUAGAGCUCCUGACGGAAGGCCACGCCUGCCCUUCACCGCCUCUCCGGGAAGUGUCACAGAGGCUCCUCCUCAUCCCAGACACGCACACUUCAUUCCCCGAGCAGACUUUCCAGGUCCUAGACAUACAGAUCCCAUGAGACAGCCUCCCCAAGGUCUCCCUAGUCAGCUACCUGUGCAUCCAAAUUUGGAUCAGGUACCACCACCUCAGCCUGAGCAAGGUCAUCCUGCCCAUCAGUCUUCUGUGGUCAUGAGACCUCUGAGUCAUCCUUUAGGUGGUGAGUUUCCUGAGGCUCCACUGUCGGCAUCUACCCCAGCUGACUCAGCACCUGAGAGUUUGCAGAUACCAAGUCAGUCUUCUGAUGCUCUGGAGGAAAAACUAGACUCCGACGACCCUUCUGUGAAAGAACUAGAUGUUAAAGACCUUGAGGGGGUUGAGGUCAAAGACUUGGAUGAUGAAGAUCUUGAAAAUUUAAAUUUAGACACUGACGACGGCAAGGGGGAUGAACUGGAUACGUUAGAUAACUUGGAAACAAAUGAUCCAAACCUUGAUGACCUUUUAAGGUCAGGAGAAUUUGACAUCAUUGCAUACACAGAUCCAGAACUUGACCUAGGAGAUAAAAAAGGCAUGUUUAAUGAGGAACUAGACCUUAAUGUUCCAAUUGAUGAUAAGCUAGAUAAUCAGUGUACAUCUGUUGAACCAAAAAAAAAGGAGCAAGAAGAUAAAACUGUGGUUCUCUCUGACAACCAUUUGCCACAGAAAAAGUCCAAUACUACCAGUGAGAUAAAAACAGAAGUCCUAUCUCCAGACACUAAGGAGGACUCAAAACGUGGGAGUGAGAAAAGUGACGAAAGUCAAAAUGGUGCUGACACUCCAUGCUCACAAGCUUCUGCUCCCACAAACCCGAAUGAUGAGCUGCCCACUGACCCGGAACCACAAGAGAAAAGAACUCUCGAAGAGAGUGCUGGCUCCAGUGGCAAUGACACACCAGGACCCACGCCUCUGCCUGCUCAGGACAUGAUGAAUUCUUGUGACAUAACCGGAUCAACACCAGUUCUUUCAAGCUUGCUCACUAAGGAAAAGUCUGAUAAUUCAGGCAUUAGGCCUUUGGGGUCUCCCCCACCAGCUCUGCCUGUCUCUCCAUCCAGUCACGGGUCAAAUUUGCCUCCUACAUUAAUAGCACCACCUGGUCCUCUUUUGGAUAAUGCAGUGAAUUCUAAUGUAACAGUGGCCCCUAGGAUGAACCAUGUUUUUUCUCAGGGUGUGCAGGUAAAUCCAGGAUUCAUUCAGGGUCAGUCCAUGGUGAACCACAGCUUGGGGGCAGGAAAACUUACAAGUCAAACUGUGCCUCUCCCAAAUCAGUCCAGCACCAGUGGCAUGACUGGACCACAACAGCUGAUGAUUCCUCAACCAUUAGCCCAGCAGAGCAGAGAGAGGCCACUGCUUCUAGAGGAACAGCCUCUGCUUCUUCAGGAUCUUCUGGAUCAAGAAAGGCAGGAGCAGCAGCAACAAAGACAGAUGCAAGCCAUGAUCCGUCAGCGGUCAGAACCAUUCUUCCCCAACAUUGAUUUUGAUGCAAUUACAGAUCCUAUAAUGAAAGCCAAAAUGGUGGCCCUUAAAGGCAUAAAUAAAGUGAUGGCACAGAACAGCCUGGGCAUGCCACCGAUGGUGAUGAGCAGAUUCCCCUUCAUGGGCCCAUCCGUGGCUGGAGCACAGAACAGUGAAGGCCAGAGUCUGAUGCCACAAGCUGUUGCUCAGGAUGGCAGUAUAACACAUCAGAUUUCUAGGCCUAAUCCUCCAAAUUUUGGUCCAGGCUUUGUCAAUGACUCUCAGCGUAAGCAGUACGAAGAGUGGCUUGAGGAGACCCAGCAGCUCCUUCAGAUGCAGCAGAGGUACCUCGAGGAACAAAUGGGCGCACAUAGGAAGUCAAGGAAGGCCCUUUCUGCCAAACAGCGCACCGCCAAGAAGGCCGGGCGAGAGUUCCCAGAGGAGGACGCCGAGCAACUGAAGCACGUGACUGAGCAGCAGAGCCUGGUGCAGAGGCGGCUUGAGCAGAUUCGAAAACAGCAGAAAGAGCAUGCCGAGUUGAUUGAGGAUUACCGGAUUAAGCAACAGCAGCAGCAGCGUGCUCUGGCCCCUCCUAUCCCAAUGCCUGGGGUCCAGCCCCAGGCACCCCUGGUUCCAGCUGCCACUCCACCCUCCUUCCCUAUGGGGCCACAACAGCUUCAGCACCAACAGCACACAGCAGUUGUUUCUGGCCACACGAGCCCUGCUAGAAUGCCUAGUUUACCUGGGUGGCAACCUCCCAGUGCUCCUGCUCACCUCCCCUUCAAUCCCCCUAGGAGUCAGCCCCCAAUUGCACAGUUACCCAUAAAAACUUGUACGCCAGUCCCAGGGACAGUGUCAAAUGCAAGUCCACAGAGUGGAGCACCACCUCGGGUAGAAUUUGAUGACAACAACCCCUUUAGUGAAAGUUUUCAAGAACGUGAGCGGAAGGAACGUUUGCGAGAACAGCAGGAAAGACAGCGAAUCCAGUUGAUGCAGGAAGUAGACAGGCAGAGAGCUUUACAGCAGAGGACAGAAAUGGACCAGCAUGGCCUGAUGGCCUCGGAGCUAGGCAGCAGGACAUCUGGGUCACAGAUUCCAUUCUAUGGUUCUGACCGACCUUGUGAUUUUAUGCAGCCUCCAAGACCCCUCCAGCAGUCCCCACAACACCAGCAGCAAAUAGGGCCAGCUUUACAACAGCAGAAUGUCCAGCAAGGGUCUGCGAAUUCAUCCCCGAACCAAACUUUCAUUCAGACCAAUGAACGAAGGCAGGGAGGGCCUUCCUCCUUUGUUCCGGAUUCACCAUCUGUUCCUGGUGGAAGCCCAAAUUUUCAUUCUGUCAAACAGGGAAGUCUUUCUGGUACCAACUUCCAGCAGUCCCCCUUGAGGCCUCCAUUUAUACCAGCUUUGCCGGCAACACCUCCAGUAGCUAACAGCAGUCUCCCCUGUGGCCAAGACCCUGCUAUAAUCCAUGGACAGAAUUAUCCAGGGUCAACCCCAUCUCUUAUUCAGCUGUAUUCUGAUAUAAUCCCAGAUGAGAAAGGCAAAAAGAAAAGAACAAGGAAAAAGAGAAAAGAUGAUGAUGCUGAGUCCACCAAAGCGCCGUCCACGCCCCGCUCAGACAUGACUGCCCCUCCCACGCCAGGCAGCUCCGAAACCGCCUCCACCCCCACAGUGAGCACGCCCAGUGAGCUCCCUCAACAAGGAGAGCAAGACGCAGUCGAGCCAGGAGGCCCGUCAUCUCCCGGUGUGACCACCAGCCAGCUGUGUGUAGAGUCGGAAAACACCCCACCCCACCGAGAUUUCACACAAGGCACUCCAGAUCCGCAGACGCAUGUAAAUUCUGAGGUGGAUAAGCCCCCCGUGGAAACCCCUGCCCAAACUGAUGAGAUCAAGCUGGAAAAGAGUGAGGUUAAGCCAUGCCCAGGUCAAGAGGAAGCCAGCAUGGAAGAGCAAACUGGUCGUACAGUGGAAGACACUGUGGCUGAGGCUGUCAAGUCAGUACAGAGCCCCUCCCACUCCACUGGGGCCCCUGCUGCCAAAGGGGAUGCAGGGAAUGAACUCCUGAAGCACUUGUUGAAAAACAAAAAGCCCUCUUCCCUUUUAACUCAGAGGGCCGAGGGCAGCUUCUCCUCUGAAGAGAGCUGUGCAAAGGAUAGUCAAGCAGCCGAGAAGCAGAGCCCCGCGGAAGGAUUGCAAACUUUGGGGGCUCAAAUGCAAAGUGGUUUUGGAUGUGGCAGCAACCAGUUGCCAAAAACAGAUGGAGGAAGUGAACCCAAGAAACAACGAAACAAACGGACACAGAGGACAGGGGAGAAAGCAGCACCUCGCUCCAAGAAAAGGAAGAAGGAUGAAGAAGAGAAACAAACAGCGUUCUCCAGCUCCGACUCCUUCACCCGCCUGAAACAGCAGCUCUCUCUGCUCCCUCUAAUGGAACCGAUCAUUGGAGUGAACUUUGCGCACUUUCUUCCUUAUGGCAGUGGCCAAUUUAAUAGUGGGAAUCGACUUCUAGGAACUUUUGGCAGUGCCACCCUUGAAGGGGUUUCAGACUACUAUUCUCAGUUGAUCUACAAGCAGAAUAAUUUAAGUAAUCCUCCAACACCCCCUGCCUCUCUUCCUCCUACACCACCUCCCAUGGCUUGCCAGAAGAUGGCAAAUGGUUUCGCCACAACUGAAGAACUUGCUGGGAAAGCUGGCGUGUUGGUGAGCCAUGAAGUUACCAGAGCUCUAGGACCGAAGCCCUGUCCGCUGCCAUUCAGGACACAGGAUGACUUGCUGGCCAGAGCCAUCGCUCAAGGCCCAAAGACAGUGGAUGUUCCAGCCUCACUUCCAACACCACCUCACAAUAACCAGGAGGAAUUAAGGAUCCAAGAUCAAUAUGGUGAUCGAGAUACUCCAGACAGUUUUGUUCCUUCAUCUUCUCCUGAGAGUGUGGUGGGGGUAGAAGUGAGCAGGUACCCGGAUCUGUCAUUGGUCAAAGAGGAACCUCCAGAGCCGGUGCCAUCCCCCAUCAUUCCAAUUCUUCCUAGCACCAUUGGGAAAAGUUCAGAAUCAAGAAGGAAUGAUAUCAAAACUGAACCAGGCACUUUAUUUUUUACUUCACCUUUUGGUUCAUCCCCAAAUGGUCCCAAAUCGGGUCUUAUAUCUGUAGCAAUCACCUUGCAUCCUACAGCUGCUGAGAACAUUAACAGUGUUGUGGCUGCUUUUUCCGACCUUCUUCACGUCCGAAUCCCUACCAGCUAUGAGGUUAGCAGUGCUCCUGAUGCUCCGCCCGUGGGCUUGGUCAGUAGCCACAGACUAACCCCAAGUUUGGAGUGUCGACAGCAUUUGCUUCUUCGUGGGCCUCCACCAGCACCUGCACAUCCUCCCAGAUUAGCCAGUGCUUACCGGCUGAAGCAGCCCAGUGUACCCUUUCCCCCAGCAAGCAGCGGUCUGCCUGGAUCCAAGGAUUCCAGUCACGGCAUUGCAGAAAGCUCAGCACUCAGACCACAGUGGUGCUGUCACUGCAAGGUGGUUAUUCUUGGAAGUGGUGUGCGGAAGUCUUUCAAAGAUCUGAGCUUUGUCAGCAAGGAUUCCCGAGAGAAUGCCAAGAGAACGGAAAAGGACAUUGUCUUUUGUAGUAAUAACUGCUUUAUUCUUUAUUCAUCAACUGCACAAGCAAAAAACCCAGAAAACAAGGAAUCCCUUCCUUCAGUGCCGCAGUCCCCUGUGAGGGAGACAUCAUCCAGAGCGUUUCACCAGUACAGCAACAACAUCUCCACACUGGAUGUGCACUGCCUCCCACAGUUCCAAGACAAAGCUUCGCCUCCUCCGUCACCUCCCAUCGCCUUCCCUCCCGCCUUUGAAGCAGCUAGAGUGGAGGCCAAGCCUGAUGAGCUCAAGGUGACGGUCAAGCUAAAGCCGCGGCUGAGGACAGUCCAUGGUGGCCUUGAAGACUGCAGGCCACUAAGUAAAAAGUGGAGAGGAAUGAAGUGGAAGAAAUGGAGCAUUCAUAUUGUCAUCCCCAAGGGCACAUUCACACCACCUUGUGAGGAUGAAAUAGAUGAAUUUCUAAGGAAAUUGGGCACUUCUCUUAAACCCGACCCUGUGCCCAAAGACUAUCGGAAGUGUUGCUUUUGUCACGAAGAAGGUGAUGGGCUGACAGAUGGACCAGCAAGGCUACUCAACCUGGACUUGGAUCUGUGGGUUCACUUGAAUUGUGCUCUGUGGUCCACCGAGGUCUAUGAGACUCAGGCCGGUGCCUUAAUAAAUGUAGAGCUAGCAUUGAGGAGAGGCCUACAGAUGAAGUGUGUCUUCUGUCAUAAGACAGGUGCCACUAGUGGCUGUCACAGGUUUCGAUGCACCAACAUUUACCACUUUACUUGCGCCAUUAAAGCACAAUGCAUGUUUUUUAAGGACAAGACUAUGCUCUGCCCCAUGCACAAACCAAAGGGAGCCCACGAACAAGAGCUGAGCUACUUCGCGGUCUUCAGGAGGGUCUACGUGCAGCGUGAUGAGGUGCGGCAGAUUGCUAGCAUCGUGCAGCGAGGAGAGCGGGAGCACACCUUCCGUGUGGGGAGCCUCAUCUUCCACACCAUCGGCCAGCUGCUCCCACAGCAGAUGCAGGCGUUCCACUCGCCGAAGGCACUCUUCCCUGUGGGCUACGAAGCCAGCCGCCUCUACUGGAGUACACGCUAUGCCAACAGGCGCUGCCGCUACCUGUGCUCCAUUGAGGAGAAAGACGGCCGGCCAGCGUUCAUCAUCAGGAUUGUGGAGCAAGGCCACGAUGACCUGGUCCUGAGUGACUCGUCGCCCAAAGGUGUCUGGGAUAAAAUUCUGGAGCCUGUGGCCUGUGUGAGGAAGAAGUCAGAAAUGCUUCAGCUUUUCCCCGCAUAUCUGAAAGGAGAAGAUCUGUUUGGCCUCACCGUCUCUGCCGUGGCCCGGAUAGCUGAGUCACUACCUGGGGUUGAGGCAUGUGAAAACUACACCUUCCGAUAUGGCCGGAACCCUCUCAUGGAGCUGCCCCUUGCCGUUAACCCCACAGGUUGUGCCCGCUCUGAACCUAAAAUGAGUGCCCAUGUCAAGAGGUUUGUGUUAAGGCCUCACACCUUGAACAGCACCAGCACCUCAAAGUCCUUCCAGAGCACAGUCACUGGGGAGUUGAACGCACCCUACAGUAAGCAGUUUGUGCACUCCAAAUCAUCACAGUACCGGAGAAUGAAGACUGAAUGGAAAUCCAAUGUGUACCUGGCCCGGUCUCGGAUCCAGGGACUGGGCCUAUAUGCUGCUAGAGACAUUGAGAAGCACACCAUGGUCAUUGAAUAUAUUGGGACAAUUAUUCGAAAUGAAGUAGCAAACAGAAAAGAGAAGCUGUAUGAGUCGCAGAACCGUGGCGUAUACAUGUUCCGCAUGGACAAUGACCACGUGAUCGACGCGACACUCACAGGAGGGCCUGCGAGGUAUAUCAACCAUUCAUGUGCCCCUAACUGUGUGGCUGAAGUGGUGACCUUUGAGAGAGGACACAAGAUUAUCAUCAGCUCCAAUCGGAGAAUCCAGAAAGGAGAAGAGCUCUGCUAUGACUAUAAGUUUGACUUUGAAGAUGACCAGCACAAGAUUCCCUGCCACUGUGGAGCGGUAAACUGCCGGAAAUGGAUGAACUGAUGCAUUCCUUGUGAUCUCGGCGGGCGGCUCGGCCCUGGGAAGAGGCGAUUCAACACAUCAUUGGAAUUCGCAGACAGAAAGAUAUUUUUUGUUUUCUGUUCGACUUUCUGAAAACAGCUCUGGGAGCUCUGGUUCCUUGACCUGUGGGUUAAGGAAGCGCAGAGGGGCCCCACUGUGGCUGCUCUCUGGGGGCAAGCUUGCUGAGGGUCAGCAGAGUCCCAGAAUGGUCCAGCACUUUUUUUCUUCCUAUUUCUUCCUUUCCCUCCUUUGUUUCCUUGUGGGUGACUUUUGUUUUGUUUUGUUUUGUUAGUCUCUUUAAGGAGAAAUUUUUACUGGGGCUAAGAGCCGGAGGCUGCCCUGCCCUGCCCUGGGGUGGGGCCUUCCUUGAAUGUAAGACUGAUCUCACCAGCGAAGGGCUGUCCGGCGCUGGCCACGCCUGCUGACAGCUGGGCGGGCGGCACUCUAGUGCAUCUGAAGCGGACACCACUGAUCCAGGAAUGUACUGAGGUGACUUCCUUAGGGAUAGAGCCAAGGGAAAAUAACUUGCACUAAAAUACAUUUAAAUACUUGAUUCCAUGAGUCAGUUUAUUGUAGUUUUUGAUUUCUGUAAAAUAAGAGAAACUUUUUGUAUUUAUUAUUGAAUAAGUGAAUGAAGCUAUUUUUAAAUAAAACUUAGAAGAAAGCCAAGCUGCUGCUGUUACCUGCAGAACUAACAAGCCCUGUUACUUUGUACAAAUAUGUAAAUAUUUUGAGAAAAAUACAGUAUAAAAAUAGUUAUUGACCAAAUGCUACCAGGCGCUGCAGCAGCUCGGGUGCUUAUAAAACGUCAUAGGGAUGUUACAAUAUAAUUUUGUGUUAUUAAAUAUGCCAUUAUAAUUAUGUAAUAACCAAAAUUUCACCCUUUAGUAUUUGGGGUUUUUUGGAAACUAUGUCUAUUAUUACUUGUUUUAUACACCUAACUUCUGACACGACAGAGUGUAUGCUACGAUUACAACUUUUAUAGCUGUUUUGGUAAUUUAAACUAAUUUUUCAUAUUAUAUUGUUGCAUCCCUACUUCUUCAGUCAGGUUUUUUGUGCUUACAAUUUGUGAUAACUGUGAAUAACUGCUUAAAAAUACACCCAAAUGGAGGCUGAAUUUUUUCUUCAGCAAAAGUAGUUUUGAUUAGAACUUUGUUUCCAACCACACAGGAUCAUGUAAACAUAAUAGAAUCAUGUAGCAGGAACCUAACCUUAGCCUUCUAUUUAACAUAAAAAUUUGAAAAAGAAAAAAAAAAAGAGCGAGAGAGAGAGAGAGAAUGAGAGAUGUGAUUCUGCUCCCAGCUGCAGGACUCCGGCAAUAGGGUUUUUCGAAGAUGUAAUUUUAAAAUGUGUUUGUAUGUAUGACCUGUUUGUUUACAUUUCUUUAAUAAAAAAAAAAAAACACUGUUUUGUGUUUGCUUGUAGAAACUUAAUCAGCAUUUUGAACCAGGUUAGCUUUUUAUUUUGUACUUAAAAUUCUGGUACUGACACUUCACAGGCUGAGUAUGAAAUGCAGUUUCUGUGUGCACAAUUCAAGGGGCUGUAACUGUUGGUGCGCUCGGUGACGCAGGUCUCAACGCGUAAUGUAUAUGGCAUGAUGUAUUUUUAUCUUACAGAGUAAAUCAAUUGUAUAUAUUUUUCUCUUGAUAAAUAGCUGUAUGAAAUUUGUUUCUUGAAUAUUUUUCUUCUCUUGUACAAUAUUCUGACAUCCUACCAGUAUUUGUCCUACCGGGUUUUCGUUGUUUUCUGUUCUGUAUAAUAGUAUCUAAUGUUGGCAAAAAUUGAAUUUUUUGAAGUAUACAGAGUGUUAUGGGUUUUGGAAUUUGUGGACACAGAUUUAGAAGAUCACCAUUUACAAAUAAAAUAUUUUACAUCUACAAA